UAGGUAAAAUCAAGCCAACAAUCAAGACUGCUUCAAUUUGAAUUCACGAAUUAGUUGAGUUUGAGAUACUUAGCGAGCUACAGGUCCAUCGAUUAUUUACUCAUUUGGGAUUAAAAUAUUCUUAUUAACAACAUGCGAUUCGCUAUUGUGAUUUUUGUUGUACUCUGCCUUGUGGCUACUUCUUUGGCAUCUCCAGCCGGCAAAAAGCAAGCCCCAGCUUGUGCACGUGAUUGUGGUGAAAAAUAUGAACCAAUUUGCGCAAAGGAGAAAAAUGGUAGCAAGUUGCUUACAUUUGGAAAUGAAUGUGUAAUGGGUCGUUUCAAUUGUGAGCAUCCGGAUGGACAAUACGAUGUUAAGUCCAAGGGAGAAUGUGGUGGUAAUGUGAGCGUACGCCUUUCCUAAAUCAAGCUUUGUCAGAUUUUGUUUAUUUGAAAUGUGCAAUUAAAUAAAAGAAAUGAAUUUAUUUUAAUACGUUUAUUGCGUAAA